UGACCAGUGGGGCAUGACCAGAAAGGAGCGUGGGGAAGAGUGCACCAAGGGACCCAGCUAGAGGCUGUCUAGCUGGAGUUCCUGCUUCCCUAAAGGCACAGAAUAAAACAAGUGAGCACAAGGAGUAUGGUUCUGAGGUAAGCAAGGUCCUGAAGAUGAUACUAUUGGGCUUAGCUUUGUGGUCACUGCUCCUCCGUCCAGGGGUGAUGUACUGGGCCUCCCAGAUCAGUCAGAAUUGCAAUAAUGGCAGUUACGAGAUCAGCGUCCUGAUGAUGAACAACUCAGCCUUCCCAGAGUCCUUGGAUAACUUGAAAGAAGCGGUGAAUGAGGGAGUGGAAAUAGUGAGACAACGUCUGCUUAAUGCUGGCAAAAAUGUAACUGUGAAUGCUACCUUUAUCUAUUCAAAUACUGUCAUUUAUAAAUCAAGUGACUGCCGGAGUAGCACCUGUGAAGGCAUCGACCUACUCAGGGAAAUUUCAAACAACAAACGAAUGGGCUGUGUCCUCAUGGGGCCCUCGUGUACAUAUUCCACCUUCCAGAUGUACCUUGACACAGACUUGAACUAUCCCAUGAUUUCAGCUGGGAGUUUUGGAUUGUCAUGUGACUACAAAGAGACUUUAACCAGGCUGAUGUCUCCAGCUAGGAAGCUGAUGUACUUCUUGGUUGACUUUUGGAAGGCCAAUAAUUUGCCAUUCAAAGAUUAUUCCUGGAAAACUGCAUAUGUUUUCAAGAAUAGCACAGAGUCUGAGGACUGUUUCUGGUACCUCAAUGCUCUGGAGGCUGGAGUCUCCUAUUUUUCUCAGGAACUUAGCUUCAAGGAAAUGUUGAGGCGAGAUGACCAAUUUCAGGAUAUCUUAAUGAACCAGAAUAGGAAAAGCAAUGUGAUUGUUACGUGUGGUACACCAAGCACCAUCAACUCCCUCAAGGGAGACCGGGCAGUGGCUGAAGACAUUGUGAUUAUUCUAGUGGAUCUAUUCAAUAACGACUACUUCGUGGACAAUGUCACAGCCCCUGACUAUAUGAAAAAUGUCCUUGUCCUCACCUUGCCUCCUGAGUAUUCCAUCUCCAACAGCUCUUUCUCCAAAGGCACACCACAGGCAAAGAAUAACUUUGCUCUUGCCUACUUGAAUGGAGUCUUGCUCUUUGGACACAUGCUGAAGACAUUUCUUGAAAACGGAGAAGCUAUUACCACCCCCAAAUUUGCUCAGGGCUUCAGGAACCUCACUUUUGAAGGGCAUGCAGGUCCUGUGACUUUGGACGACUGUGGGGAUAUUGACAACACUAUGAUGCUUCUGUAUACUUCUGUGGAUACCAAUAAAUACAAGGUUCUCUUGACCUAUGACACCCAUAUAAAUAAGACUACCAGAGUGGAUAAGAGACCCACAUUCAUCUGGAUGAACCACAAACUCCCUAAUGAUAUUCCAGGCCAGGGCCCUCAAAUCCUGUUGAUUGCAGUCUUCACCCUCACAGGAGCUGUGGUUCUUCUUCUGCUCAUUGCUCUUCUGGUGCUGAGAAAAUAUAAAAAAGAAUAUGAACUUCGUCAGAAAAAAUGGUCCCACAUUCCUCCUGAAAAUAUCUUUCCUCUGGAGACCAAUGAGACCAACCACAUUAGCCUGAAGAUCGAUGACGACAAGAGACGAGAUACAAUUCAGAGACUCCGACAAUGCAAAUACGACAAAAAGCGAGUGAUUCUAAAGGAUCUCAAGCACAAUGAUGGGAAUUUCACCGAGAAACAGAAGAUAGAAUUGAACAAGUUGCUUCAGAUUGACUAUUACAACUUAACCAAGUUCUACGGCACAGUGAAGCUUGAUACCAUGAUCUUUGGGGUGAUCGAAUACUGCGAGAGAGGAUCCCUCCGGGAAGUUUUAAAUGACACCAUUUCCUACCCUGAUGGUACAUUCAUGGAUUGGGAGUUUAAGAUCUCGGUCUUGUAUGACAUUGCUAAGGGCAUGUCAUACCUACACUCCAGUAAGACGGAAGUUCAUGGCCGCCUGAAAUCCACCAACUGUGUGGUGGACAGUAGGAUGGUGGUGAAGAUCACUGACUUUGGCUGCAAUUCCAUUUUGCCUCCAAAAAAAGACCUGUGGACAGCCCCAGAGCACCUCCGCCAAGCCAACAUCUCCCAGAAAGGAGAUGUUUACAGCUACGGGAUCAUUGCCCAGGAGAUCAUCCUGCGGAGAGAAACCUUCUACACAUUGAGCUGUCGGGACCAGAAUGAGAAGAUAUUCAGAGUGGAGAAUGCGAACGGAGUAAAACCCUUCCGCCCAGAUCUAUUCCUAGAAACGGCAGAGGAAAAAGAACUGGAAGUCUAUCUACUCGUAAAAAACUGCUGGGAGGAAGAUCCGGAGAAGAGACCAGAUUUCAAGAAAAUUGAGUCUACACUGGCCAAGAUAUUUGGCCUAUUUCAUGACCAAAAAAGUGAAAGUUAUAUGGAUACCUUGAUCCGACGUCUACAGCUGUAUUCUCGAAAUCUGGAACACCUGGUGGAGGAAAGGACCCAGCUGUAUAAGGCAGAAAGGGACAGAGCCGACAGACUUAAUUUUAUGUUGCUUCCAAGGCUAGUGGUAAAGUCUCUGAAGGAGAAAGGCAUUGUAGAGCCUGAAUUAUAUGAGGAAGUUACAAUCUACUUCAGUGACAUUGUAGGUUUCACCACCAUCUGCAAAUACAGCACCCCCAUGGAAGUGGUGGACAUGCUCAAUGACAUCUAUAAGAGUUUUGACCACAUUCUUGAUCACCAUGAUGUGUACAAGGUGGAAACCAUUGGCGAUGCCUACAUGGUGGCCAGUGGUUUACCCAAGAGGAAUGGCAACAGGCAUGCAAUAGACAUUGCCAAGAUGGCCUUGGACAUCCUUAGUUUCAUGGGGACGUUUGAGCUGGAGCAUCUUCCUGGUCUCCCAAUAUGGAUUCGCAUUGGAGUUCACUCUGGUCCCUGUGCUGCAGGAGUUGUGGGGAUCAAGAUGCCUCGUUAUUGCCUAUUUGGAGAUACUGUCAAUACAGCCUCUAGGAUGGAAUCCACUGGCCUCCCCUUGAGAAUUCAUGUGAGUGGCUCCACAAUAGCCAUCCUGAAGAGAACUGAAUGCCAGUUCCUGUACGAAGUGAGAGGGGAAACAUACCUAAAGGGAAGAGGAACUGAGACUACCUACUGGCUGACGGGAGUGAAGGGCCAGGAGUACAACCUGCCAACCCCGCCUACUGUGGAGAAUCAGCAGCGCUUGCAAGCUGAAUUUUCUGACAUGCUCGCCAACUCUUUACAGAAAAGACAGGCCGCAGGGAUAAGAAGCCGAAAACCAACACGGGUGGCCAGCUACAAAAAAGGCACUCUGGAAUACCUGCAGCUGAACACAACAGACAACGAGAACCCUCAAGCGAAAUUAAGCACAGCUGUACUUAGGCAGCGGCCUCGAGGGUCCCGGAGACCUCAAAGCAACAGAAGACUUAGAUGCGCUCUGCUUCGCCUCGGCUGCCUUGGCUGGAACAUAGACUUGCUUCUGUGAAUCAGAUGUGCACUCUCAGUGCCAAAAUUACCUUUUACUCUGGAAUCUGAUCCAUACGGUGGCUCCAGAGACCUUCCACCUGUGAGUGAAAGAAGAGGAAUGGAUGGACUAUCUCUAAGUUGGAGAGAUUGUAUUCUUAUUUUACUUAUUUUGUUUUUGUUUGGUUUGGUUUACUGGCUCUUUUUCUUUCUGUCUUCAUUAGAGUUUUUAAAUUGUCACGUCUACUUUAAACACCUUAUCUGUUAAAUUAUAUUUAACUCAUAAUUUUGCAGAAAACAUGCUAUAUGUUAGGCAGGAAUAAAAGUUAAAACUUUA